AUGACGCUGCUCUUGGCCGUCGCGCCGCUGCUUUCCGAGGUUGAAAGCAUUGCCUUCCAAUACGGUCCUUGCGCCUUUGUCAGCUCGGAAGAGUAUGAGUUCUGUUGCUGCGAGGUGUCAGACAGCUGCUGGGGUCACCAUACCCACUACCGAUGGGAGGAGUGCUGUGCGAAUGGAAUCAAGGAGAGGUGUCCGCCAAGUUCCCAGGCCUUCCGCCGCCUGCAGCCACGAACUGAGGUGGCGCGGGCCGGCGAGAAGGACACGCUGGCGGUGUAUCAGUUUGGCGAAAUGCGCACCACGGUGCUGGAGCUCAUAAAUUGUGAGCACCAGCCUGCGUGGAAGUUGCUUCGGCUCCUGCUCCAGGACCACCAAGCAGCGACGCUACAUCUCACGGCGCCACGGGAUGCGGAGCUCCUGUCCACAGCUGCCGAACUCGUCUGGAGGUACAACCUGAGUACAGGAGGCGUGCGAGCGACUGCGACCCAGAACGCGAUAUCUGGCACCUAUGCCGUCGAGUUCUUGGAGUCCGUUUCGAGGUUCGGCAUCGGGGAGCACAAGCGGGUGCACGAACCCACCGAGCUCAUCUGCUUGCUGGGCUACGCCUCUGCUGCCUUCGUGGUCUCGCUGGUGAAUCAGGAUCGCAGACUCUUGCGCUCGGCCCUCCGGCUCUUCAGCAACAACCAGGAUCUGGACAUCUCUUCGUCCUCGUCCUGGCCAAUCAGCUACUGGGACUUGGCGCUGAACCUGGGCCGGGGACGUCCUGACUACAUCAGGACCCUUUCGGCGGAGGCGCUGCCCUCGAGGCUCCAGGAGCCCUUGCUGUACCCAGGCCCAUGGCAGGAUUGGCACGCCUGGUCGCCAACUGAACCCAAGCGAUUCAUUCACGCCGUGAGCAUGGUGUACCACCCAGCGGCGGAUAUCGAGAUCCCAUCAUUUCUCUUGGGACUUUCUUCAGGACAACUGCGGGUCACUUUUGCCUUUCUGGACGUGGGCUCUCAUUACACAGGCGGCCGGAUGCUGGAGCAUGUUUGUGGCCAGUGGCCGGCCCUGUGUGCGACGCCAAACGCUGCUGUCGUCUUCGACAAAGCAGAUACCGCUCCUUCUGCCGAUCUUCUUUUCUGCAGCCUUUACAGCCAUUGUGAGAGAUUGGAGCGAUGGACUGGAUGGAGGCUUCCGCUGAUCUCGUACUACGUCGGCUUUCCUGCCAAUGACUUCUUCAUACGUGGUGGCCACAGAACGGUUCACGAGGACUGGCGGAGGAAUUGGAAGCCAUGUGGAGGUAUGUGGGUGGGAACGAAGGGAGCCACGUGCACGCGAUGCUGCUGGUCGAUGCCCCAUACACCUCCGAAGUUCUGCAUGGCCACACGGGGUGGCGCCACCCCGUCUACAGGCCCCUUGCCGCCUACCUUGCUGACACCAAGUAUGCGCCCCAACAGGAUCGGAUCCUCGUCCCGAAGUCCAACUCUGGAUCUUCGUCGUCGGGCUCAGAGUGGAUGUACCACCUGCUUCUGUCCUUUGCUGGGAAAGGUUCCAAGACAGAGUUCGUCAUCCAGAAUUCCUUCUUGA